UCCCCCGCCUUCCCCAAUUAUUACGUGUCCAACAAGAAGCCGACGCUCUCCGCGUCCGUCCUCUCUCUCUCUCUCUAUCUUCUCCGAGAAGCCAUAGUCUCUGGAGUGAGAAAGAGGAAGAGAGUUUGACUGUUUGAGCGAGAAUGGAGCUCCAAAACCCUAGCAACAGCGACCCCCCGAGCUCCGACCUCGCAAACUCCGGCCAUGGGGAACCCCACCUCGACCCCCCGGGGUUCCCCCCCGACGACAUCGACAGCGCCUGCUCCACCCCCUACGUCAGCGCCCCCUCCAGCCCCGGCCGCGGCGGCGUCUCCGGCUGUUACUUCUUCAGCGCCCCCACCAGCCCCAUGCACUACGUCCUUUCCUCCCCACCCGCCACCUCCGCCGGCGGCUCCCCCUCCUUCGACUUCGACUUCCCUGACGCGUCCGUCGGCAGCUCCUUCGAGUUUGAAUUCUCCGCCCGCUUCCCAUCCUCCGCCGCCUCCGCCGACGAGCUUUUCCUCAACGGCCAGAUCCGCCCCAUGAAGCUCUCCUCCCACCUCCAGCGGCCCCAGGUCCUCGCCCCACUCCUCGAUCUCAACGAAGAAGACGACGACGACGACAAGUCCGAUUGUCACCCGCCCGAAAUCGCCCCCAGGGGCCGAGAUCUGAAGCUCCGGAGCCGAUCGAUCCACCGGCGGGCCAGAUCCCAUUCCCCGCUUCGGAACGCGCCGCUCCAUUGGCAAAUGGAGGUCGAAGAACGAGAGGAGAGAGCCAAAGAUCUAGAUCCGAAGCAGAUCGAGGCGGAGGCUGCCACGCCCUCCGUCUCGGCUUCGUCCUCCCGGUCCUCCUCCACGUCCUCCUCCUCCUCUUCCGGAAGAACCUCCAAGAAGUGGAUCUUCCUCAAAGAUCUCCUCUAUAGAAGCAAGAGCGAGGGAAGAGAGAGAGGUAAGACCCUAGAGAAGUUCUGGCACUCGAUCUCUUUCUCCCAAUCCAAAGAGAAAUCCAGACCUUCCUCCGCUGCGGCCUCUUCUUCCAACAAUCCUCCGCCAGCCACUGAGGUCGCGGAGGCGGAGAAGAUCACAUCGAAGAACCCGCCUUCGGCGACGGUUGGGUCUUCGAAAAGGACCACGGCGAAGCCGGUGAACGGGGCGGGGCGGCGGAGGGGCCUGGUGCCGUCGCCGCACGAGCGGCACUACACGGCGAACCGGGCGCAGGCGGAGGAGAUGCGGCGGAAGACGUUCUUGCCCUACCGCCAGGGACUUCUCGGUUGCUUGGGCUUCAGCUCCCGCAGCUACGGCGCCAUUAACGGCUUCGCCCGUACCCUUCAUCCGGUCUCCUCCAGGUAAUCGACGCCGGCUCUCUUCCGUUUCCCCUAAUAAAUCCACUAAAUGAGGUGUAUAGUUUCUUUUUCUUUUUUCUUUUAUCAGUGGAAUUACUGCUGUAAUCCCAAAUCUCGAUGGUUCAAAAAAAAAAAAAAAGAAGAGAUUAAUGUUCGUUUUUAUUU